UUCUAGAGAAGUUUAGGGGAUUUUGUAGUGCAUCCUUGACGUGAGUAAUCGAAAUGCAAAUCGCAAUAUUGCAACAUGGUAACAAUAUCACACAUCAAUUUAUUACGAGAUCGAGAUAUGAACGUUACGUGGCCUAGAUCUUCGAGGCUGCACAAGAGAAAUACUGAACGAAAUAUAAAUUCAUAUCGAUGAUAAACAACGCGAUCUAGAUCUACGUUAGUCUGUUCUUUUAUAGGGGAAAUGAAUUCCUAAAAUAGAAAUUACGAAAGUUUUAGUUUUUCCAAGAUCAGUUUGAUUGUCACGUCACGUCAUGAUCAUUUGCGCGAGCCAAAGACGGAGGAUAGGCUCACCAUAUGAAAACUACGUUUCCAACGAUAUCUCAUGUAAUAUUUUAUCAUAAUGGCAGUAGACUUAGCUCAAAGAUCCCAGCGUUGAAAUAUUCUACCCGUUCGUGUGUCAUCGGCUAGGCCACAUGUAAACGAGGGCGUCUGUAGCUACAAACAGCUCCGAAUUUUCACGCCUGCACCGCAUCGUGUUAAUAUUGCAUUCUGUUGUGUUCAACGUUUGUUCUUGUUAUGAUUGUGUUUCAACUGUUUUAUGCAAAACAAAUAGAAAGUAAUUGCAACAAAGAUCUCACCGCGACCAUAAUAUCAACACAAGCUUGCCCGUCCCGUAUUUAAACAUGCCGCUAGGUUAUCUUAUCUCCCAUGACAGUAAUUAAAACUAAAAUUAUCAGGGAACUAAAGCUACUUUCGCAUCGCAAAUUUUGCCGACCUAAAACUGUUGAAUUAAGAGGUUUUUCUCGCUAAAGACUGAAGUCAAAGUCAAAUUAGGCUGCAGUCAACGUAGACGUAGACUGAAAAACAAACGAUAUCGCCAUUAGUGUCGGUUUUGACAGAGACAUACUUGGUUCAUGUCAGAAGUACCUGUAUUUAUUUAAGAGAGGACAUUCAGAAGUUAUAACUCGACUGACUUGCUACAGUGUUCUGACUUCUGACUGCAGAAGUGUCUGAAGUGAAAUAAGCCAUACACACAAGCAGAUGGACAAAACUGUUGACUGCUCAAUGGACUUUAUGAGUUUUUGACGCAUUGAAAAGGUUGUUAGGCGAUCAGCGAACAGGCUACGGCCGAUUAUAACGUUCUCAGAUUGCCUAUUACUUGGCACGAAUUUGAAAAAUCUCAGUUUCGCUACCGGUUCAAGUAGACAGAAUAUUGAACAAUGUAUUCAUCAGUCUUGCUCAACGACAAGAGCAAUGGAAGCAAGCGUUCACAGAAUCUUACCCGAGAGAGGCUGACAACGGUUGGAUCCGGAGGACGAGAGAAGUGGAACAAUCGUGCAGAGUUUGUUCUUAUUUUGGUCGGGUAUACCAUCGGCCUUGGAAAUGUCUGGAGAUUCCCGUAUUUAUGCCAUAAGAAUGGAGGAGCGUCAUUUCUCAUUCCGUAUUUUGUUAUGCUGGCGAUCGUGGGUAUCCCGUUAUAUUACCUGGAGCUAUGCCUUGGUCAGCGCAUGCGUAAAGGCUCAAUCGGGGUGUGGAACGAAAUCAGCCCAUAUUUGGGCGGCGUCGGCUUUUCGUCUGUUGCCGUAUGUUUCUUGGUCUCCCUGUACUACAACGUCAUCAUUGCUUGGUGUGUGUUCUAUUUUGUAAAUUCCUUCCAAAAUCCUUUGCCCUGGUCCUCUUGUCCCACAGAGCAUGUCAUUAUCGGAAACACGACUGUUACCCGAAGUGUUCCCGAGUGUAAUAUAUCGAGCCCGACGACGUACUUUUGGUACAGGACGGCUCUGGAUACGACCACGGGUAUCGAGGACAGCGUUGGGAUGAAUUGGAGAAUGUUUAUAUGUCUUGGAUGCACCUGGUUUGUUGUGUGGUUAUGUAUGAUGAAAGGGAUCAAAGUCACUGGGAAGAUUGUGUAUUUCACAGCCACGACCCCGCUAGUCUUGCUUAUUAUUUUAUUUUUUCGUGGGGUGCAUCUGGAAGGAUAUCAAGAGGGUCUGGCACUGCUUUUUAUUCCAAAGUUUGAUAAACUAAAAGAUCCGCUCGUGUGGAUGGAUGCAGCCGUUCAAAUCUUUUAUUCUCUCGGUGUUGCCUACGGUUCCCUCAUUGCCUUUGCGAGUUACAAUCCAAUUAAGAGUGAAUGCAACAGAGAUGCGAUUCACGUUUGUCUCGUUAACUGUGGAGUGUCAAUCUAUGCAAGUGUUGUUGUAUUUUGUUUCAUCGGGUUUCAAGCCGAGGGAAAAAUGCAGGAAUGCCUCGACAGAGAAUACGUGCAACAAAUAGCAUUAUUAAACGGGACGCACUGGGUUGAGAAUAAUGAAUUCUCAAGAGAUUACCGCCUUCAAGGAGACAAGAACCGUGAAUUAUUUCAAGCUGCUUUGGAUAACAUAUCCAAAGCAAUGAAUGUCACCUUGGUGCACUGUGAUAAGAGUUUCUUUCUUAACCAGGUUCCAGCAGGUCGCGCUCUGGCAUUUUUAGUAUUUACAGAAACCAUAAACAAACUUCCGCUACCAACCCUUUGGUCGAUAAUGUUUUUCUUAAUGUUGGUCACAGUCGGCAUUGAUACAGAAUUCGGGAUGUUAGAAGGAGUCGUUACUCCAAUUAUUGAUAUGAAAAUAUUUCCUAACUUACGUAAAGAAGUGCUUUCUGGUAUAAUUUGCCUCAUAAGUUUUUUGCUGGGUGCGACAACGGUUUUGUGUUCAGGAGAAUAUUGGUUGCAGUUUAUCGACAGUCAUUGCUCUGGUAUAGCGCUGUUGGUUAUAGGAUUGGUCGAAGUUCUUGCAAUAUCCUACCUCUACGGAAUAGACAGAUUUAGCGACGAUAUUACGUAUAUGACGACCAAACCGCCGAGAUUUGUUUGGAAAUGGUGUUGGAAGUUCAUCUCGCCGAUUGCUAUCCUAAUAAUUCUCAUAAUGAGCGUGCAAAGCAUGGCGAGAAAUCCUCUUAUGUACAUGGUUUGGGACAAAGAUCAGGGUAAAGCUGUGCUGAAACCAUAUCCCCCGUGGUUGAUAGUCCUAGCCGUCUUUCUAAUGCUUUCUUCGAUAAUGUUCAUUCCAAUUGUGGGGCUGCUCAACUAUUUUGGAUUGUUGAAAAUUCGUGGGAAAGGUUCAAUCGUGUUGCUACCGAAGGCAAAGAAGCCAGCUAAUGGUCGGCGCAAUGGUCAAAUAAUACGGUUGGGUAAGCUACGGAACUCCAGCAAUAACUCUCGAGUCGAUGCCGAACCAAGCGUUCAUCCAGAAAAUGGAAAUUGUGAAAGUUUGAUUACAAAUGGCGACACAAGCUUUGCGUGAUAUUUCUGAUAUUAAAACAAGCAACUGGUUUGCUAACUGUUUUUAACUCUCCGUUGAAAAGCUGCAUUAUCUCUGGUUUUUAUUUAUUAGCAGAAGCAAGUCCGUUUCUAGAGGAAUUAGAUUCCAAAUCGAAAGGGCAUCCUUUCCCCCAUUGCCCCUGCUGGUGAGAGAGGCAGCUUAAUUUGCCUGCUUUGCCGCCAGUUUCGGCAUGGUCAUGCAAAGAACCACAAGGAUGAUUAAAACAGUUUACGUUUGUAUAAAUAUUGACACACGGGGCCACGGGCUGGCUCCAAUAUAAAACUAUAUCGUAUUUAUUAUGUAGAUGAAUGUUAUUUGGAAUUGUAUAGAAUUUGUGAUUCGAAAGACAAGGAUUCCCUCUGACUGUAAGGAAUCAAAACUAAUGGGAUGUUCAUGAUAUCUCUGGUAGAUCAGUUUAACCUGGUCAGUAAAAGAUGUGUAUAUGAACGAGCACAAUAAAAAUAGGAGAAAAAUUAUCCUCGCAAUG